AUGCUGCUGACGCUGAACAUCUUUGGGCAGGAGUUUACCAACACGCCGAUGGUGAACUCGGACUUUAUGGAGAAGCUGAGGUCGAAUAAGGCGGAGUGGGGUGUCGAGCCUGGUGGUCAAGGCAAGCAGGAUAUCAUCGAGGGCGAUAUUGUUGCGAUGGCAACAGGGUUUGGGAGACCACAGCUUGUCGGCUUUUCCUGCCAGGCUCAUGCUUCCAAAAGCCCUAUGGCCCCGCCCAACUGGUAUCUCCAGACAUUCCCACCCAACCAUCCCAGCAUAUACAUCAACUGCACGUACAUGAACGCGAUUGAGAAGGUCGGCUAUUGGCACAUCGCCAUCUACACGGGGAUUCUGCUCGAGUUUCUGGUGGAUCCGUUGACCAGACCGAGUCCGUUCUGGAUGAAGCGUUGGAUCGACAUGACGAGACUACGCAAGGCUGCAUCCCCAGCUGGGCCGUUCGAGUUCUUUACUUAUCUCGAGCUUGUCUGGUAG